AUAUAAAGUUGUGCAUGACAUGGUAUUUUCAAAUUGUGUUCAGAAUAGAAAAUAUCGUAACAAAUUAGAAAAAAAAAUAGAACUACAAUGCGUGCAUCUUCGAUCUUCAUUCACGUCUUGUUUUGUGUGCUUUCCCAUCUCAGUUCUGUACAAUGUGACGAUCCCUUAGGACAUCUUCAGCCCCUCGGAUCCCACAUGCCACCAAUUAACAUCGAUGUAAUCGAUACUCCACCAAGUCCACAAGAAUUUCUGGAGAAAUAUGUCAAGGUUAAUAAACCAGUCGUCAUCAGAGGGGCAGCAAAAGCAUUUGAUAUUUUUAAUACAUGGAAAAAUGAUGAAUAUCUCAGGGAGAAGUAUGGAAAAUGGCUUGCCCCGGUAGAAAUCGGAAAAUACGAAGCACACUUCAACGAAACCGUAAUAAAAAUUUCGUUUGAUUGGUUCUUGUCAAACUAUAAAGAUAAAGAAUUGAGCAUUAUAAGAGAUAUAGUUUCUAAGAAUCCAAUGAGAGAUGAAAUAUCUUUAAUGAAAUCGAUGUCAUGUGGCGGGUAUCACGAUCGCGUAACGAAUGUAAUAUUUAUAUUCUCAUCCGGUUCUGGUCAGUCAGCAAUACAUUGGGAUCCUGCGGAAAACAUGCAUUGCUUACUUGACGGAACAAAGGAAUGGACAAUAAUACACCGGAAAGAUCGCCACAUUCUUCCAGAAUACAACGAAUCUAGAGUGUACUCUGUUGUGGAUCCAAUGAGAGUCGACAUGAAAAAAUAUCCAGUAAUGCAAGAUAUGCCUUGGUAUCAUGCUUCUAUCGAAGCAGGAGAUUGUCUGUUCAUUCCAAACAACUCACCGCACUACGUAAAAUCGGGAGAUUCGAGAAAUAUGGCAGUUUCAAUUUGGUUUGCUGCACCGAAAUCGCUCGAUCUCAAGGACUGUCCAGAAAACAUGGAAAAUCUUCCGAAUUCAGUACCACUAGGUCGAUCGCUCAUUUCGAGAUUAGAAAAUUUCAAGGCUAUGCUGUAUAUGAUGAUAGACAACCGAGGCGAUGAGUUGAAAGAGGAGAAGUUUUUCCAUGAUAUUGAAUACCCCGGCAUGGACUAUUAUGAUGACGCUGUGAAAGUAUGGGAAGCAAUAGAUACAGACGAUGACGGUGUCAUUACUGCGAAAGAGAUCGAAGAUAUCACGGAUAUAUCUGAUGAAGUUUUGGAUGCGUUUUCAUUGGACGUAGAUAAAUAUGAAGAAGAUGAGGAACUGACUAAAAUUGUCAUGAAGGCGAAAGAAGAGUUAUGAAAAUGACUGACAAAGUGAUUCAAAAUUUUUCAUGACUCGUCUUAGUAAAAUUAACAACUGACAAUGAGGAUUAAAAAUACAAUAGGUUUUUUGCAUUGUAGAUAAAAAUGAUGAAUGAAUAUAGUAAAAAAAUGAUAAAGUACAUGAGUGAGAUCAAAUAAAAUUAUGCGAAUGUACUAAUAUAAUGUGAAUGGUUCGUUAUUUUGCCGACUAGGGUUAUUUAAUUAAAAAAUACUCUAAAAACACAGCUUA